GUACGCGUCACCGGAAGUUGCAAGGUUCACUUCCGGACCGCCGAGGAGCUUUAGCGCCGGUAGGUUGGAGCGGGGCCGGGGCGGCGCUCGGAGGUGCCAUGUCGAUGUCGCACCUGUACGGCACGGACGGGGAGGAUGGCGUGGAGAUGGAGAACUUCGAGGUGUCGGACUGGGACCUUCAGAACGAGUUCAACCCUCACCGGCAUCGGCACCGGCAGACCAAGGAGGAGGCCACUUACGGCGUGUGGGCCGAGCGCGACUCAGACGAGGAGCGGCCCAGCUUCGGCGGCAAGCGCUCUAGGGAUUACUCAGCCCCUGUGAACUUCAUCAGUGCAGGGCUGAAAAAGUCAGCGGCCGAGGAUGUGUCAGAUGAGGACUCUGACGAAGAUGAGAAGCCCGUUAAGCAGGAGGAGAUCCCUAAAGAGUUUGUGCCAAAGAAGUUGAAAACUGGUGGAAAUUUCAAGCCCAGUCAGAAGGGCUUUGUAGGGGGCACAAAAUCUUUCAUGGAUUUUGGCAGCUGGGAGAGACACACUAAGGGAAUUGGGCAGAAACUUCUCCAGAAGAUGGGUUAUGUCCCUGGAAGAGGUCUUGGAAAGAAUGCUCAAGGUAUUAUUAAUCCAAUUGAGGCCAAGCAAAGAAAAGGCAAAGGAGCUGUGGGAGCAUAUGGCUCUGAAAGAACCAGCCAGUCUUUGCAAGACUUCCCUGUUGUUGACUCGGAAGAAGAAGCUGAAGAGGAAUUUCAAAAAGAACUCAGUCAGUGGCGGAAGGAUCCUAAUGGAGGCAAGAAAAAGCCCAAAUACAGCUAUAAGACAGUAGAAGAACUGAAAGCCAAGGGUAGGAUUAACAAACAGCUUUCAACCCCUCAGAAGGAGCUCUCUCAAGUCAAGGUUAUAGAUAUGACGGGCCGGGAGCAAAAGGUUUAUUACAGCUACAGUCAAAUUAGCCACAAGCACAAUAUCCCUGAUGACAAUCCUCAGCAGCUGCUGGGCAAAGACUCUAAGCCCCAGGGAUUUGCCCUGCCUGAGCUGGAGCACAACUUACAGCUUCUCAUUGACAUCACGGAGCAGGAGAUCAUCCAGAGCGACCGCCAGCUGCAGUAUGAGAGAGACAUGGUAGUCAACCUGACCCAUGAGAUACAGAAGAUGUCUGAAAUUCUCUCGCAUGAGGAGACAGCAAUUAGCAAUCUCAGCAAAGUCCUGGACAUGGUGGAAGAGUGUGAGAGACGGAUGCAGCCCAGCUGUGAAAAUCCUUUAACCUUGGAUGAGUGUGCAAAGAUUUUUGAGACACUUCAAGACAAGUACUACGAAGAGUACAGAAUGUCUGAUAGGGUAGACUUGGCAGUAGCAAUAGUCUAUCCUCUCAUGAAAGAUUACUUCAAGAACUGGGAUCCCCUCAAGGACUGUACAUAUGGCACAGAGAUUAUAGCCAAGUGGAAGAGCCUUUUGGAAAAUGACCAGCUGUUAUCACACGGUGGGCAGGACCUAUCAACAGAUGCUUUUCACAGACUGAUGUGGGAAAUCUGGAUGCCAUAUGUCAGAAACAUAGUGGCACAGUGGCAGCCAAGGAACUGUGGAUCGAUGGUGGAUUUCCUGGAUAGCUGGGUACACAUCAUUCCUGUGUGGAUACUGGAUAACAUUCUGGAUCAGCUUAUCUUCCCCAAGCUACAGAAAGAGGUUGAAAACUGGAAUCCUUUGACUGACACAGUCCCAAUCCAUUCCUGGAUCCAUCCCUGGCUUCCCCUGAUGCAGGCACGAUUGGAACCACUUUAUUCUCCCAUCAGAAACAAGCUGGCAAACGCUCUGCAGAAAUGGCAUCCCAGUGACUCCUCAGCCAAACUUAUCCUUCAGCCCUGGAAGGAUGUGUUCACACCCGGGUCAUGGGAGGCUUUCAUGGUCAAAAACAUUGUGCCUAAACUCGGGAUGUGUUUGAACGAACUCAUAAUAAACCCUCAUCAGCAGCACAUGGAUGCCUUCUACUGGGUGAUUGACUGGGAGGGAAUGAUUUCUGUCUCCAGUCUUGUUGGGCUGCUGGAGAAACACUUCUUCCCAAAAUGGCUGCAGGUGCUAUGCUCUUGGCUCAGUAAUAGCCCCAAUUACGAAGAGAUCACAAAGUGGUACUUGGGCUGGAAGUCCAUGUUCUCAGAUCAAGUGUUGGCACAUCCGUCGAUCAAAGACAAAUUUAAUGAAGCUCUUGAUAUCAUGAACCGGGCUGUCUCUUCCAGUGUUGGUGGCUACAUGCAGCCAGGUGCCCGGGAGAACAUUGCAUACCUUACUCACACAGAGAGGAGGAAAGACUUCCAGUACGAAGCCAUGCAGGAGAGGCGAGAGGCCGAGAACAUGGCUCAGCGAGGCAUAGGCAUGGCUGCCAGCUCUGUGCCAAUGAAUUUUAAGGACCUGAUUCAGACAAAAGCAGAGGAACACAACAUUGUUUUCAUGCCUGUGAUCGGAAAGCGACACGAAGGGAAACAGUUGUAUACGUUUGGACGGAUUGUGAUUUACAUUGACAGAGGUGUUGUAUUUGUACAAGGAGAAAAGACCUGGGUGCCAACAUCUCUCCAGAGUCUCAUUGAUAUGGCCAAGUGAGGCUCCUGCUUGGAACUGUGAAGGUGAUCUUACUAAUAUUUUUAGUGUAACUGUCUUAGAAUAAAGACGUUACAGAUUUGCAAAUAGUGGAACCUCAGCUGUAUGCCAGGAUUGUUUUCUUGGCUGUUCCAACAGUGUCAGGAGGUGAAAUGAUACAUGGAAACUGGUGCAAAGGGAGGAACAAGCAGUUCCGAUGAUUGUGUAAUUGCCACUUGUGAUACAGAUUCAGCAGUAGUUGUUUCAAACCACUAAACAAGUGAGGGUUAGAAGGGACCGCUGGUACUUGGCCCUGCUUUGGGCAGAGAACAACAGCAGAUCAGCCUCAAAGGCUCCACCGACAGAUUCUGCAGCUCUCCUUGACAGCUGCAUUGCCCUGGCAGUGGUAAUUACUGUCUCAAUGGUGUCCCGCACACAGCAGCUCUUUCUCUACUGAAUACCACCAGGGCUUGGCCCGCCUCUCAGCCCUAUCCAAGCACACAUGGAAAGGAAAUUCUUUCCAGCACAUUAAAAUGUGCCAUGGGAACUCAAUAGCUCAAGGCAUGGUAGGGAAGAAUGGCGACUGAGGCUUUUUUUUUCCCAGAGGGAAGUUGCCUGAUUCAUCAUACAGGAAUGGCUGAAGAGCUUUCUUAGUAGCACUGAACAGCUGAAGUCCCCUGCCUGUGAAAAAGCUUUUGUGUGUUAGGAACUAGUUUCUAAAGCUGUCAGCUGUGCAUCCCACAAAUCACUUGCCCUUCUGGAUACUUCACAACGUGCACAGCAUAGGCACAGGCUUUGAAUCGCUCAUGAAAGGGAAGCAAUCAAAAGAGCAAAUGUUAUGCAGCAUGGAUGGUUUAAAAAGCAGUUUUUAGUUGAACGUGCUGUAGUUAAGUGAGCGUAAGUCAAAGUGGAGCUUUCACUUUUAUUUAAAAAAAUCACUAUGAUACAAAAAUGUUCCAUCAAGCUCAGUGUUCAGGUAUUGCCACUUCUGGCACUGUCAGUGCUUGAGCAUCACCUCGGCUGCACAGGAGGACCGAGGGAAGAGGUAGCAGUUAAGGCUGUGCUGGAGCAGGGCCAUGCUGGCUCCCUUCCUCCCCCUUCCUGAUGAUCUCCAAGUCAUCACAGUCCUCAUAAGUCGGCUCCUCCAGGAACUGCCAAACUUCAGCAGAGAGCCUCUCCAGUUUGUGUGCAGGGAACCAGUGGAUGGAGGUGUCAUUGAAGGUAUCCGAGUACCGAGGGUGAGCAGGGAGGGCAACUUCCUCCACCCCUUUUAAAAUCUAAGAGCAUUUGGAAAAACACGUACAAAGCAAAAGAACUUCUGUGCGAGAUUAUGUGAAGAUGGGAGUGUUGUGUUAACUGUACCCCUCUUUGCAGUGUGUUCUGCAGGUAAUAAAAUGUUCCCAGGCUUUAAAAAC